CUGCUUGCCUCAGAAUUUCCAUGGCUGUCGCAGCUUUCGCUGAAUUUUGACAAAUACUGCAAUAGGUACUCAUCAUAUGAAGCCAUGCAUUUCUUUCAGAUAAGGUAGGUAGGUAAAGCUGCGCAAUCCGUGCCUUGUGCUACCAACGGCCUUCUGUCCAAUCCUUUGCGUUUGCAACGAGGCGGGGUAUUGUUCGAGUCGCUGUAGGCCUCACUUUCGACACCAAUAAAACCAUGCCGUCUGGAACUUGGGCACAGCUGAGGAAGCUCCAACAAAUGCUUCUCUCCAUCCUUAUCUCAAGACCUCCGUAAUGGAGAAAGAAACCGUUCGCCCUGCCUGGCGUCUCGCCACAGCCCGCGAGUCCGUUAGACAGCGAGACAAGAUUCCAUGUGUAUUCUACGCUCGAGGGACUUGUCGCAACGGAGAGACAUGCCCGUUUGCCCACGGCACCAUCUCAGCGCCAACGGCAAGCGCCACCGCCAGUCGUAAUGAAGAGGGAAGGGGCUUUCCACCCCCGGUGGAGCAGAAGGAUACGAGGAAUCAGGUUCCUUGCCGUUUCCAUUUACGGGGCAAUUGCCUGAAAGGCAGCAGCUGUCCUUUCUCUCACUCCAAUACCGACGGUGAAAGCUCGGUGGCAGGUCAUGCUGCUGCCGUUAACCUGGAGGAACCCGAGCCCGAAACUAAGCCUGAUAGCUGGGUCAGGGAAUUACAUGGCGUUGCUGUUCAUUUCGGAGAUGGGGUCGUCGUCCGAAAGACGUCUUUUCAGUCCGACUUCUCUGCGGUCCGAAUCAGUAUGCUGCCACCGGGCAGCGAUCAGGCCAGCAUCUCCAAGUUACUUAGCAAACUGGGUUUUGGGGUGCUUGCCGAGAGCAUUCGGGUGUCGUCUCUCGGAGACGACACUCACCCCGUUGCCGACAUUUGUGUGGAGGACCCAUUCUUCGCAAAGCGUUUCUGCAACGCCAUUGCUCCAAGGCCCGGUGCUGGAGACAGGACAGCUCCAUCCACAAUAAAGGCCAUCUCCAUAAAUCCGCCAAUGGCCCCAGGGGCCAGCUUUCAAAGGGUUGAAUGCAAGAAGGUCCUUUGCUCUUGGUAUCGUCCCUUCAAAACCGUUUGGUUGAACUUCCGCCAGUCCAAAUCAGUUGCCCAGAGAGUCCAUGAUGGAUUCGAGACGAAAUCGUACACAAUCUGCAAUCAGACCGUCAAGACUCAUGGACCAAUUAGAACUCAGUUUCGCAACCAGCAGCCAUGGACUGUUAUGCUUACAGGGGUUCCUGCGGAUGCGAGCCCCAUGGAUGUCAAAGACACCAUUCCAUGGAACUUACAGCCAACCCACAUCGAGCUUGGAAGACCAAGCUACAUUUGUAACCCGGCGGAACCAAAGGCUCUGGUCAAAGUAAAGCUUCAGGAGAUCGGCCCCUUGGAGUGGUGGGAUGACGCGGUAACUCCAGGAGGUAAAAGGGUCAAGGUCAAGGCGCGUUUCCAGCAAGAUGGUGAUGCUGCUACAGCAGCGGCCUCUCUCAAUGGCUGGACCAUGACCACACCGCUCAUAGACGGUAAACCCAAGCUCGCCGUCCAAGCUCUCUAUACCGCCCGCUUCAAAGUCCUCGACCGCAUAUUCAAGGCCGUACAGACAGCAAUUGACGCGAAGUCCCCUUCUUGGCUUGCCAAGCAUGUCUUAUUUACUCCCUACGAACCCUCAAAGGCGAACCGAUAUCGCGUUCUGAGGCUGGAGGGAGAAGACAAGGAAGCCGUUGCCGCGGCGAAGCAAACUCUCGAGGGCAUCCUGUCUGGGCAAGUGGCAACCGAGAACGACAACGUCAUAUGGACGCCUGCUUUCACAGUCAGUGGAAGUGUUUUCCAGAAACUAAAGGAUCUGGAGCAGGCCCUUGGCAUUGUCAUCUUGCGGGACAAGAGACUGUCUCGCCUGCACUUGUUUGGCCCGGUCGAAAAGUGUAAAGAGGCCCAAGUACAUCUCGCUAAAAUGGCAAAAGAAGACACCUCCACGUUGAACGCUAUCAUUCUUAACGACGAGCAGUUUACAUGGGCGUGCUUGGGAGGUUUCAAGGCAAUGGCCAACAUCCUCGGGGAGAAGGUUACCUUUGAUAUCAUCUCAAAGCCGAAACGUCUUCUGGUCACGGGCUCCGACAAAGAUUACCGCACUGCUCUCGACAUGGUUUCUAGCCUCAAAAAGGCAGAGGCUCUUACAGUUGGCAGAGAGAGAAUUUCUGAGGCAUCCGAUUGUGUCAUCUGUUGGAACGAAGCCGAAAACCCCAUCAGUGCUAGUUGCGGACAUAUCUAUUGCGCGGAUUGCUUUGAGCGGUUCUGUUUUUCUGGAGCGACGUCCGGGAAUGCUGACUUUCGGCUCCAGUGCGAAGGCGAUUCAGGUAGAUGCAAGAAAGACCUGACACUGGCCGAGUUGCAGGAACACCUCUCUUCUCAGACGUUCGAGGAAAUGCUAGAGGCCUCCUUCGAAGCGUACACACGACGCCGACCAGACUCGAUUCGGAACUGUCCUAAGCCUGACUGUCCCCGGAUAUACCGAGCUUCUCCGCCGGGGUCGGGGCUCACCUUUACGUGUCCGGACUGCCUCACGUCCGUGUGCACAAGUUGUCAUGCUUCUCACGUGGGCAUGACCUGUGCUGAGCACCAAGACGUGGUAUCUGGAGGAUACGCCGCGUUGCAGGAGGCGAAGAAGCGUCUCGGAAUCAAGGAUUGUCCGAAAUGUAAGACGCCUAUUGAAAAGACGUAUGGUUGUAACCACAUGACCUGCGCAGGCUGCGGGACGCACAUUUGCUGGAACUGUAUGGCCACUUUUCAGAGCGGCAAGCAGUGCUAUGAGCAUCUGAGCAAGGCUCAUGGGGGGUUCGGGGACUAUGGGGAAGAAGCAUUCCUCUAGCAUUUGCUGAAUUUGCUUGCCGUCCGGCAACUUCCAGCAUUUGAGUUGCUUAUAAGGUGCCGCAAGAUAUCUAGGGUAAUAAUAGCGUAUGAUGAACC